AUGUCUACCACACUCAUCAAUGUCCUCAUGGCCAUCUGCCUGGCCACUUCCUUGCUUCCUGUCGAAGCAGUCCUUGUACCUCAUUCGGCGAAAUUGCAUCGUCGUCUCACCUUUGUAGCCCAAGCCCCACCGGCCAAUUGGGCCAGUGCUUCCUUGGAGGACUACCAGCAGUAUCAUUUUCGGUACCUGGCUCUCGGCUGUAACUUACGUAAAGGGCAGACUUUCUUCGAUACCUGCUGUCACCCUCGUUUGAAGACCGAAAACCUCAAAGAUAUCCCGUUGGAAUGCAACCUUGAUGCUGAGAGUAUGGUUAAGGCCCUUUAUAUCUUGAAGUCUAGCGAUGUCACUGGUAACCUCACAGCUGGACAAGAAGGCAAACCGGUAUUCAUCCCGAACGGCACCAUCCGAGCUCUCGAAUCCGCCGGGGGCUGCAAUACCUCCGAUGUGCCUACAGCUGCCCAGCUUGCCCAGUUGGCUGAAAUUUCGCGUCAAGUGUCCCUUUUGGCCAAUUCCUCACACUUCGCCAACGUGUCUCAUUCCUUAAACUACACCAUGAACAGCACCGACUUUGGCAACCUCACGUACUUUUUGAACUCCAACAUUUCUGGGAUGGCCAACAUCACCCAGUUCUUACCAGCCAACCUCACUCGAUUCUUCAAUGCUAGCAUCGCAAACAUCACUGCUUGCAAGGCUGUCAAGGUUGCCAACCAAACCGUUGUGACUGCCCCCAAGGAGCUCGAUGCUAAUGCUGCUGCUAAGGUUGAGGCCCAGCUGCCUGUUGCUCCCGUGCAAUUUGUUGAUCACUCUGUUGACAUAAAAGCCGCCGAUGCAGCUGCCGCAAAAGCCAAGUCUGACGCAGAUGCAGCUGCUGCCAAAGCCAAAUCGGAUGCCGAGUCCAAAGCUGCGGCCGACGCGAAAGCUGCUAGCGAUGCCCAAGCCGCUGCCGACGCAAAAGGAGCCGCCACCAAAGCUGCCAAAGAUGCUGCAGAUGCACAAGCCGCCACUGACCGAGCCGUUUCUGACAAAGCCGCCACCGACAAAGCCGCCACCGACAAAGCCGCUACCGACAAAGCCGCCGCUGACAAGGCCGCCGCAGACAGAGCUGCCGCCGAUCAAGCUGCUGCCGACAAAGCCGCCGCAGAUAAAGCCGCCGCCGACAAAGCUGCCGCCGACCAAGCUGCCGCCGACCAAGCGGCCGCCGACAAAGCGGCCGCGGACAAAGCUGCUUCCGAAAAGGCUCAAUCGAAGCCUGCGAAAUCCGUCCUUUCGGACGUCGGCUCUGCUGCCGGAAACGUUUUGAGCGGACUCUCUCAAGUAUUUGGAGCUGACGGUGGGGCCAAGGCCACCUUCUUUUACCAAGAAGGAGGAAUCGGCGCUUGCGGCACUGCCAACUCUGACAGCACCCCCUUGGUCGCUUUACCUCCAGGUUUAUACGCCAACGGUGCCCACUGUGGAAAAGACGUGAUGAUCAUGAACACUGCCAACGGGAAGUCAGUUACCGCCAAGGUUCAAGACAUGUGCCCCGGUUGUCCCUCACCCACUUCACUCGAUAUGUCCACUGGAGCUUACAAUGCCAUCGGCGCGCAAGAAACCGGCGUAUUACCAAUUCAAUGGGGUUUCAUCAUCUAA